UGUCUCUUGCAUUUCUCUUGCCUUUCCUUUCUUCUUCUCACCUCUUUUCCUUCGUCUUCUUCCUUUCAGCAUCCCAUCUGUGUGUUAAAACUAUUACAAGUCGAGAUGAAAAGCCAACCAUGAUGAUGAGCAAUGAGGAUGGUAAAGAUUAAAGCCAACUAGUUGAUAUAGUUCACCAAAGAAAGGAUCCAACUAAAUAAACGUUGCUGUUCCUGGUUCCUCUCGUCCAUCCAGACUGGUAAACCAACAAUCACCUUUAAAAAUCAACGGUUAAUUGUGAUCUUCUAAAUUGUAUUCUAUUGCAAUGGAAUUACAAAAAACAUUGAGAGGACAUGAGAGUCUUGAUUUUCCAGCUAAUGGGGCCAAAACAACAGCAAUCAGUACCAUUGGUGUUCAAUCGGCUAAAACUAGGAUAAUCAUAGCGGUACUAGUGAGUAAAGAUUGGAUUGAGUUAAAGAUUUGUGAUAUGGAGCCUUCACUGCUUGACAUCGGAAGAUCACUUGAUGAAGCGAUCGACUUUCAGCAGCAGCAUUUAACGACACUGAAAAAGCUUGAGACAAAGCAAACUCCAGUCGAAAAGCUUCUGGGCUCAGCUGAUGAGAUACUUGCAAACAAGGAAACCGAUCCAAUUGUAUUUUCAGCUAUGGCUGAGAAUCUGGCGUUAGCCUGGAAAAAUUUGAACCUCCAGUUACAAUUGAGAUCUCAAACGUUGAGUCAAGCAGUUACUUUCUAUCGCAGAUGUGACCAAUUCAAUCAGUGGAUCGAAAAGGCGGAAAAUGAAUUUUCUGUGGUUGAACUGCCUGAUAGUCUGGAAGGAGUGCGAAAAAUAUUAGCUGAUAUUGAAGGACUCAAACGAAAUCUUCUAGAGUCAUCAAUGUUUGCGAUGAAUGAACAACAUUUACUGUUAGCUAAAUUGGACGACAUGGCUGCUGCCAACCUCUUUGAUUCCAGGCCUUUAUACAAAUCCAGUGAAAUAGCCAAUGUGAUUGCCUAUGUUAUUGACUACUUGGAGAGAUUACAGGCAAAAAGGCGACGACUUGUCACCUUAUUCAUCCAACGAAAGAAACAACUGGACUCACAAUAUCUUAGAUUACAUUACAUGGAGCUUCUAAAUGGGAUUGCCAGUCGCAUGGACAAAGAAAAGUCCAUUCUUGAAGGCAUUAAUCCAGGUUGUUCAGCUCGGGAAGCCGGGAUUGCUCGCUACAAAAUGGAUGAAAUUGAGCGAAGCUUGAAAAACUUGGGCACAGAAUCAUUACGCCUGGCGAGUGAGAUUGAUCAACAUUCAGAGGAGAUGAACAGUCAAGUUAAAGAUUUAGCUUUCAGUGUUCUGGAGGAAUACAGUAGUCUCAUGUUUACCCUAGAAGAAAUGAAAUCUUUGCAAAGUUCCUUUGCAUCCUUCUUGGAGGCAGCCUCCCUUACCUCUGCUAAACUUGAUACCAUGUUUGAUUCCCUUGAAAGACCUUCUUUUCCCGUUCAACAUCGAUCUCAAUCACCUAGUCCCUGUAUCACUCUCGAUUAUAUUCAAGAGACAAUUAAGGAAACUGUGAGUCAAGGCUACUAUUUGUUGGAUCUUGUUGGGACCAAUCAAGCUUAUAUUCAACCCAUUAAUGCUAAACUUCACGAGAUCCAAGAAAAGUGUCGCGCUCUCGAGGAAAAGCUUGCUUCUAUUCAACCAAUCGUGACCACUGAAACUGCAACCGAAACUGAAGUGGAAAUGGUUGAAGAUCAAAAUAUUUAUCAACAGAAACAAACUCGGGAAAUUAGUGAAAAACUUGUUAAAGUGAUAAAUUUAAAAGAUGAUCUCAGCCGUUGGUUAAACCAAAGAGUUGGUGACUUUUUACGAGGGCAUCAAGAUAUGGGAAGCUCAAUUGGAAUUGUUAAUGACUUUUUGGAACAACAUCGCAAACUUUCAAUUGAAAUGGAAACCAAGUCAUUGGAACUCAAAGUUUUACUCUCCAUUGUUAACAGAAUGGAAUCCGAAGGAGAAACUCUUCCCGAAGAUGUUCAAAACUCUAUUGAUGAACUUAAAUCGAACUGGGAAUUGUAUUCAUCGCUACUAGAGAACCGAAUCCUUUUGUCAAAACGAUAUUCAACAUUUCACAAAGUCUCCAGUGAUGUAACUCGUAAUUUAGAUCAACUUGAAAAUGAUUUGAUUAAGCUUGAAAAGGUUAGUGAUGAAGGUCUUCGUCCAUUGACAGAGAUUUGGGUCUCAUUGAAGCAAGAGACGGUAAAGCUUAAAAACCUGGAAUCCAAUUUUACUCGUGAAAUAAAACAGAGUAAAGAUCCUUUCCUGGACAAAGAUCGUGGCGUCCUUUGCGUUCAAUCAUGUUUAACUCAUAUCAACAGUUUAAUGGUUAAAAUUGAAGCCUUAAUGGAGGCACGGAAAAGUCAAAUUGCUGAGGAGAAAAUUAAAUCUUCCAGAGCAAUUCAAGUUUCCGUGCAAACAGAUGAGAUACCUAAGCCUAAGCCUGUUGAAGUUAAAAAUGCUGAAACUAUGGUAAAUAGCUCAGUUCAGAAAAUAUCUAGUGAGGAAAAGAUUACGCGUAUGGUUUAUCAUGAUGUAACUAACAUUACAAGUCAACGUCUUAUAGAGAUUCCUGAUAAACCAGAAAAUUUGCCUGAUAGAGCUCCAAUGUUUAUACAAAAUUUAACUGACGUAACUUUGGAUGAAAAAUCAGUUCUGUUUUUAUCCUGUGCUGUUACUGGGCAUCCACCUCCUAAAGUUAACUGGUAUCGAGAUGGUCAACAUGUUUUCUGCUCUCUUGGUCAAGAGGUUACCGAAGAUAUGGAAAGUAAAACUUAUUCCUUGAUUAUUCAAGAUGUAACUCGAUCUCACCAAGGAGUUUAUACGGUUGAAGCUGUCAAUGCAAUAGGCAAAGCAUCAAGCAGCUGUCAGGUUACAAUUAAACCUAAAAUUACAGCCAAACAUCCACAAUUUUUAAAAUACUUGGAAGAUCGAGUAGUUAAAUCAGGCGACAAUGUUACGUUAACUUGCCAAAUAACAGGUUUUCCCGAACCAAAGGUUACCUGGUAUUUUAAUCAUCGUCAAAUUGAGUUGAGUGAUUUGAGUAAAUUCACUCUGAAUCAAGAUGGGGAGAUUUGUAGUCUCAUUAUACCGACAAUUACGAGCGAUCUUGUUGGCAAUUAUUGUAUUGUUGCUGAAAAUACGGCUGGCAAAGCAGUGUCCAGUUGUAACAUUAUUAUGCCUGAUCUCCAUAAAUCAACUAGUUCACAAUCUUUAACAGGAUUGGCAGCGUCCAAUCAACUUAAUCUACCACUAGGAAUUAAUCAACGAGCUAGUUCAGAGAUAAGAACAACAUUCCGUGAAAUGACCAGUUCAUCAAAGAUUUUCAAGACAACAACCUCAACCUCUUCAAGAUCAGCUUCACAAUCAGCCCAACCAUUUAUCAAUCAACUAUCUCAACCAACAUCUUCAUUAACAGGAUCAACACUUGAACUUGUCCCUUCUCCUCUCCACUCAUCUUCACGAAAAAGUGAAUCAAUCACCCGAGAAGAGCACCAUUUCAGCAAAAUAAAUGACAAUGAACCUCAAAUCAGUCACUCUUAUCAACAAGAAAAUUUGGUUACCACAGAUAAAGGAAUUGAAUCUCACGAGGUUAAAUCGUUUGUUGAAAGAAACAAUAGCGCACCUUCCUCAAGCAAUCUCCAAACAGAUAUCAGAUCACCUCAUAUUGUCCGCCAUUUAACCAAUCAAUUAGUUAAUCCGGGAGAAGAGAUAACUUUUGAAAUUGAAUUGUCGGGAAAUCCUAUUCCAGAAGUUAUUUGGUAUAGAAAGGGAAUCCCGCUCAAUGUUAAUGAUGAAAAUUUCAUUUUUACCAACCCAAGUAACGGAAUCUAUCGACUAACUUUUAAAGAAGCUUGGCCUGAAGAUUCAGGUUUAAUUACAGUCAAGGCCAGUAAUUCACUUGGAGCAAUUGAAUCUAAUGCCAAUCUACUAGUCCAAGAAUCAAGGCGAGAAAGCAUAUCAAGUGGCAGUGCAAUACGUUGCGUCAAUGAAGGUGCCUCAGUGAAACAAAAAAAAGAUUUUUUCACUCGAAUAGCCAUGGAACAGGCUGCUUCAACCUACGAUUUCAAAACACGAUGCAUGAGUUUGGAUCGACGAUUUUCCUCAGAAGGACCUGGACGAUUGUUUAAAUCAUCUGGAAUCUCUGGUGUCUAUUCUUAUACAAGUGAUUUAAAGCAAGCUGAUUCCUUUGAAUCCCUUCCUUGUGGCUAUAAAUAUUCAACCUCAUCAGCUAAAUCAGAUAUUUCUGAAGAGCCCAGCUACUUUUCAGCUCAGGAAGAUAAUUCAGAAUUUAAACCAGUUUGGGUUCCAAAAAAUUUCUACUCAGCUUCAACAACUUUACCAAGAACUCCUAAAUGGCAACCAGUUCGAGCUCCUGGUCAAAACAGGGAAACACAGUCUUUCACAAAGGCUAUGUCUAUACCUAGAGGUGAUAUAUGUCCAUCCCUUUUAUCGACAACCCUUUCAGUUGGCUCUUUAUCCCAAACAUCUCUCCACUCCUCCCAAUCAACCUCCUUUUUUGGUCAAGACAUUUCUGAUCAUCCAGCUUCCGAAGGUAAUCCUGUUCGAGCUCCAAUCUUCAUCAAUGGACUCAAAGAUAAAUCAAUACCAGAAGGAAGCUACAUUUCAUUGGAAUGUGAAGUUGACGGUUAUCCUCCUCCAACAAUUAAAUGGUAUCACAAUGACAUUGAAGUUGCCUCUGCUUCAGGUAGUCAAAUUGAUUCGCUUACAGGAGGAAUAUGUCGAUUAAUUAUCGAGAAAUCAACUCGACCAGCGGCAGGGAAAUACGUCUGUCGGGCUUCCAAUUUAGCUGGAUCAAUUUCAACUUCAUGUCAUCUUAAAAUACUUAAUCAGCCUAGUUCGUAACCUGACAAUCAAAAAUAAUUGAAAAGUCUAAAUUUGCUGUAUAUACUGAAAAACUGAUUAUGACAAGCAUUUGUUAAUUAUUGAUGCCAUUUCAAUCAAUAGAUACGAUUUGAGAAUUCAAUUUAAACUCAAAUCGUUUAAACAUGAUAACAAAAAUGUGGUUCUUAUUGAUUUAACAAGUCUGAAUGAACCAAAAAGAGUCAUUACAUGAAUUCGAUUAUUGUAAUUAUCGACUAAACAAACCAUGACCUGUAAUAAUCAAAAAAUAACAAUUAAUACUGAAAAUGAGUUUAAAGGUUAAAAGCAUUUUUAAAA